AUAUCGAUUCGUUCGGUUGAUAAAAUCAAAACGAUUAAAAAUUAUUGUUUUUAAAAAGUAAUGUGAUUUGGCUGUGAUAACUCGGGAAUAGUUUUUGUUUUACGUCUUUCCAAAAUGGCCGCCAUCCCACUUUUGAUGUUACUGCUGGUCUGCAGCAGUUUGGCAAAAGAAGACAAAUCAAAAGUUUCAGAACUUUUAGAUAAUGGAAUCAAAGACGGAUCGUCAGUAAAGGGAGUGAAGAGAGGCAUCAUCUCCACCGGUCAUUACGGCCUCGACGGUGGAAUUGGAAUCGGUCAUGGAGGAAUUGCGAUCGGUCACGGUGGAAUCGGUCUCGGAUCUGGUAUUGGUAUCGGUUCCGGUAUUGGCAUCAGUUCAGGAAUUGGUAUCGGUUCAGGAAUCGGUAUUGGUUCUGGAAUAGGUGUCGGUUCUGGAAUCGGUUCAGGAAUUAGCGUCGGUUCUGGAAUCGGUUCAGGAAUCAGCAUCGGUUCUGGAAUCGGAUCUGGCAUAGCCGUUUCUGGAGGAGGAGUCGGUAUCGCUGCCGGACCAGCGAUAGCUGCCGGACCAGGAAUAGCCAUUGGGGGUGGAAUUUCUGCCGCCCCGGCCGUGGCGGUAGCAGCUAGACCCGCAGCUGUUCAAACAUCAGUCUCCGUUCAACCCAACCCAGUUAUUCUGCGCCAAGAAGUCCCGAGAUAUAUCACCAGGACAGUAACAAACAACGUCCAAGUACCCGUUCAAGUUCCGGUUCCCGUGCCCGUCGAUCGUCAGGUACCGGUGCCAGUUCGAGUGCCUGUGCCUGUGGCAGUGGAUCGACCGGUGCCCGUCAUACACAGAGUACCCGUGGAGAUCACGAGACAAGUACCCGUCUACUAUGAGAGGAAAGUGCCAUAUCCAGUUAAAGUACCCGUCUCCGUGCCGGUGCCGUACCCAGUCACGGUCGAGAAGCAAGUAGCCGUCGACCGACCAGUGUAUGUAGACCGUCAGGUGCCAGUACCACAUCCCGUAUAUGUUGACCGCCCCGUCAGAGUACCCGUCCCCGUGCAAGUCGAUAGGCCUGUGCCAGUACCUCAACCCGUUGUAGUUGAACGACGAGUACCAGUAGCCGCCGUUGCUGCAGCACCAGCCGUGGCGGUAGCGCCAGCGGUGGGAGUAUCUUCAGCCGGCAUCGGUUCAGGGGUAGCCAUCGGAUCGGGCAUCGGCAUCGGAUCGGGCAUCGGCGUCGGAUCGGGCAUCGGCAUCGGUUCAGGGCUUGGCUCGGGCAUCGGAGUGAGCUACGGCUCCGGCAUCGGCUUAGGUUCCGGCAUCGGAUUAAGUUCCGGCGUCGGCUUAGGUUCCGGCAUUGGCAUUUCGUCUGGGCUCGGGUCUGGAAUAUCGCUAGGCAGCGGCUACGGCGGAAGCUACGGCCUCAGCUACGGCAGCGGACACGGUUACGGUCUGUCCUCCAUCUCGUCUGGCAUCGGCCACUCGAUCGGCGUCACCAAAGUGAUCUCCAGCUACCCGAGCAUUCACAGUAGCCACUAGGGUAUGUUAGUAUGUUCGUAUAAAGUUUGAUACGAGUCGAAUUGCAAUACUGUAAUAUAUUCAGAAUAAAUGAUUGAUGAA